AUAUCCAUAUCCAUAUCCAUAUCCGUAUAUCCAUUCCCCAGCACAUGUAAUGUACCUUACGCACCAGGUUUAAGACAUGCCAGCUUUUCUCACUUACCUCUGCAGCACAGCAUUUGUCCAUCGUGUCGCGCAUCGCCGUUAGGUACCUAAUCAUUAAUACCUAGUCAUUAGUACCUUACAUACCUGGUGUAUAUACCUGCCAACCUGGUGUGUAUAAAAUUAAGGCUCAGGUACCUUUUGCCGUUCUUCUUCACCUUUACGUUCGGUACCUAACCUACCACAUAUCUAAGAAUGGAGCUCGGGUGCUCGGUGAUCUCGCCGCUGGCCCCGCAUAAGCACACCCACACCGUGAUAUUCUUGCACGGCCGCGGCGACACCUCGCGGAAUAUGGCCGAUGCCCUGCUGUCGCGGUGGACGAGGGAUUCGCGCGGCCGCUCGCUGGUAGAUGAAUUUCCGUCGGUGCGCUGGGUCUUUCCGGAAGCCGAACCCCGUCUCGCCGAAAACCUCGGCGAGGUCUGUCCGCAGUGGUUCGACGUGUCCAACAUGCUGGACCUAACCGAUGCCGAAGAGAUGCAAGUCUUCGGCUUGCGCGGCAGCGUCGCCAGCAUCCGGCGGAUCGUGCGGCGCGAGGCCCGCACCGUCGGUGGCAUGGACCACGUCGUGCUAGCCGGCGUCAGCCAAGGCGGCGCCACGGUGUUCCACACUUUACUGCACCUCGACGACGGCGGCGGCGCCGAGACUGCCGAGGGUGAGCUUAUGGCGUUGCAGGAAAAGGGAGAGGAAGAGGUGCCAAAAUCGGAGUCCCGGCUCUGCGGCAUCAUGGGGUUUUCGUGCUGGCUGCCGUUUCCGGGCGGGUCGCUGGAGGAAACCCGCGAGGUACUAGGGAUGGAAGACGGGUGGCCGAAAACGGAUACCGUGGUGCGGAAUACGCCUGCGUUCCUGGGCCACUGCGCCGACGACUCGCUUGUCUUUGUCGAGUACGGGCGGCAGUUGAGGACUGGGCUUAAGAGUUUCGGUAUGAAUGUCGAGUGGCAUGAGUAUGAGGACGGGGGGCACUGGAUCAAUGCCCCGAAGGGUGUGGAUGAUGCGGUGGAGUUCCUUAAGGCGCAAGGGAUACCGCUGGCGGAGUUGGCAGAGGAGGAAUAGACCCGUCUACGUACGGAAGAGUAUAAGUUGAGCUUCGAUGUCAUGACAGUUGGCUUAAAGGUCGUUGCUCUUGCUCUGGGGGGUAUGAGAUAGAAUGUCAAAUAGAACUACCGUGUAAUCAUAAUGUUUUGCUGGAUAUUACCUAUGACUGACGUGUCAUGUUAUUGCGUUAUACUGCGUUACAGCCUUGUUUCGCUAACGUUUUUCAUUACGCUGCGGAUGGCCUUUAUACAUGCUAUGAUUUGAUAGUUUAGCUAGGUAGGUAACUUGGAUACUAUGGGG